GCUCCUCCCGCUAGCCCCGGCCUGGGGACGCAUCAGCGCGGCGCUUCCGCCAGCACCGACCCCCGAGGGGAGCGAGCCGCCGGGGCGAGCCGUCACGUGAGCUCGCCAGAGAUCCGGAAGAGCAGCCGGCGGCAUCACCACGUGGCUUCGGCUCCUCCGGGCUGCGGGGCCGGCGGGCUCGGCUUGCUGCGAUGCUGGCCGGCUGGGGCGCCGCGCACUCGGCCGUGGCCGGCCUGCUGGGGGCGCUGGCCGCCUGCUCCGCUAAACUGGCUCUGGGCGCCGAUUACCUGCGGGACGCGUGUGCAGCUGCGGCCGGAGGGGAGGCGGCGGAGGCCGCCGGCGCCUGUGUCUGGUUACACGUGGUGCUCCGAGUAGGAUGUGUUGGUCUGGUGUUUGCAUGCAAUGCUGUCAUGUGGACCUUCUUUGCAAAAGCCCUCCACUAUUCCUCUUCCUCAGCGACCGCCACGGUGACAACAACAGCCUCCAACUUCAUCUCUUCGGCCUUCCUGGGCAAGCUGCUCUUUGGAGAGACUCGUGCACUCUUGUGGUGGGUAGGAAUCAGCGUGACACUCUGUGGACUCCUGCUGCUGCACACAGUUUCACCUCACACAGAACAGCAGCAUUCUGAGAAGAAGGACAAAUAGAAACUAAACCCACUGGGUUAGUUUCUGUCAACAAUCUAAUGACAAAAUCAGCCUUCAGGCCUUUCUGCUGUAGGUGGGUGAUGCUCCUGCAGACUUGCUCCUUGGAUGAUUCUCCCCUGUAUGUUGCUGUCAUGGUUACAGGGUGAACUGUGCUUUGAAUCUUUUUUUUUUUACUCUCUCCCCUUAAGUGACAGGCCUGACUUCCUGCUCCUCACUCCAGGCGGAACAAUGCAGUCCAACCAGUCUGGCUGUGGGUGUCAGACUCCUUGUUUCUCAACCACAUGAACUGAGGCCCAGCUGAGUUAGGCAUCCGUAAGCCUUUUCGCUCUGGGGACCUGCGACCAGCAAAGUGGUUAAAAGUGACUCAGAACAGCUUCUUCAAAAUAAUGCAUUAUAUAUUCAUUUCCACAGAGCAAAGGGUACAAACAUUAAAGGGCUACAUGCAGAUU